UUCCAGGGUUCCCUUCAAUUGCUGUAGUAACCUGGGUCCGGGGCCUCGGUGGUGCUCCGAUGUCCCUCACCCACCCCUGAAGAUCCCAGGUGGGCGAGGGAAUAGUCAGAGGGAUCACAAUCUUUCAGCUAAUUUAUUUUAUUCGGAUAAUCGGCUGAAUGUAACAGAAGAACUAACAUCUAACAACAGGACAAGAAUUCUGAAUGUCCAGUCAAGGCUUACAGAUGCCAAACACAUUAGUUGGAGAGCAGUGCUGAACAACAACCACCUCUACAUAGAAAUUCCCAGUGGUGCUCUGCCUGAAGGGAGCAAAGACAGUUUUGCAGUUCUUCUGGAGUUUGCUGAGGAACAGCUUCGAGUUGAUCAUGUGUUCAUUUGUUUCCACAAGAACAGAGACGAUAGAGCUGCAUUGCUCCGUACUUUCAGCUUUUUGGGCUUUGAGAUUGUGAGACCAGGGCAUCCCCUUGUCCCCAAGAGACCAGAUGCUUGCUUCAUGGCCUACACAUUUGAGAGAGACUCAUCAGAAGAAGACUAGAUUGCAAUGUUUGCCUCUUAGAGCUUUCUUGUUGUCUAUAAAGAUGAUUCUGUAGAAAUUUUGUCAACAUCUGUUACAGUGUGUGUAACUCUGCACGAAACGUUGUGACCAACUGCUCUGGUGGCGAGAUGUUGAAAAUUUCAGACUCCACAUCUUUUUCUGGAUUUGUGCGCAUGUUGUGGUUGUGCAAAUAAAUGCUCCCUCCAAAUUAGCAGUAUAUUCCUUGAAGUUUAAUAUUGUGUUUGUGAUACUGAAGUAUUUGCUUUAAUUCUAAAUAAAAAUUUAUAUUUUACUUUUUAUUGCUGGUUUAAGCUGUUUAAGACUUGCACUCUGCAGAGAUGGUUCUGGAGCUGCCCCAGCCGUUAGCGCUGUUGGUACGGCAAGG